GGCCGUUCUCGCUGCUGUCGUUCUCUUUAUAAAGUUCCAGGAGAGUCAGCGGAGGGAGCACGAGCACCGGAGAGCGCGAGGAGGCGCGGGGACAGUGACCGCUCGCCCAUGGCUCUGCCGGACAACGCCAGUACCAUCAUGGGCAGCGAAGAGCCACCUUUUCCUGAGAUCGUAGAGCUGAAUGUCGGCGGCCAGGUAUACAUCACCCGCUACUCCACCUUGCUCAGUGUGCCCGACUCCCUCUUCUCGCAGAUGUUCAGGCCGAAAGGCGGGUUGGGGCUGGCGAGAGACGGUAAGGGGCGCUUCUUCAUCGACCGAGACGGUUUUCUUUUCCGUUACAUCCUGGAUUACAUGCGGGACCAGCAGCUGGUGCUGCCCGAUCACUUCCCCGAGAGGAGCAGGUUGCAGAGGGAGGCCGAGUACUUCGCACUUCCUGAACUGGUCAAAACGCUGAGCCCCAAACUCAGCAAACAGAACUCCAUCAACGACGACACCUGCCCCAGCGACCCCGAGGACGGCUCGCCCAGUACGGAUGCGAUCCGCAGCAUGGUCUCGGCCACGGCGAUGGCCAGCGGGACCGGCAGCGACAGGAGAGCCGGUUUCAUCACCAUCGGUUACCGGGGCUCCUACACGCUGGGCAGGGACAGCCAGACUGACGCCAAGUUCAGAAGAGUAGCCAGGAUCAUGGUCUGCGGGAAGACGGCUCUGGCCAAAGAGGUAUUCGGGGAGACUCUGAACGAGAGCAGAGAUCCGGACCGGCCUCCUGAGCGCUACACGUCCCGUUACUACCUGAAGUUUACUUUCCUGGAGCAGGCGUUUGACAGGCUGGCAGAGGCUGGCUUCCACAUGGUGUCCUGUAACUCCACCGGAACCUGCGCCUUCGCUCACGAUCAGACCGAUGACAAGAUAUGGACCAGCUACACUGAAUAUAUUUUCUACCGUGAGUGACCUGUGCAUCACCAACCUCUGCCUGCUCCUCCCCAAAUGAUUAGAUCUAAACCCGAUCCACCACCCUUAGAACUGCCCUAAGUGCUCCUCCGUGUGCCAUUGCUGCUCACCCAAUUGCUCACGCUUUCCAAUUCAUUUGGGUGGAUGAACUUUUAAAAUUAUGGUCUGUUACAAUUUUAUUUGGAAAAUGAUGCUGUUUAAAUUGAUAUAUCAAUUUGUAAGCGAACACAAAGUUUUGUAGUCUAGAGAUGUGUUUGAAUGCGGUGCCCAUUUGGUAAUUGGCACGUCUCCCAGUGCCUUCAGCAGCCUGGUAGUGUCUGAGGUAAAAAUAAUUUUAAAACAAAACAAAAACGUAUGGCAAGCGACAGAGGAACUUCUUCAUAAGUAAACAACAAUGUAUAAAACAACUGAUUUUUGCACGUCAGUUGAGGAUUAGUGAACUGUCAUUAUUUCAUGAAAAGCAAACUGUGUUUGUGCUCCCUACUCAGAAUAUUUAAAGGGAAGGCUAAAGGUGGGGACAGUAUUUCAAUUGACUGCAGCAAGAAUGCAAAAGUGAAUUUUAAAGAGAUUUGCCAUUUUCUCACAUCAUAGUGUUCUGAGCUUGAAGAAAUAAGGUUUAUAUCUUAAAAUAAAAUGUUGCCAAAUAACACAUCGCCUUUAAAAAAGAGAUAAACACAUUUAAAUUUCAUAGUGAAAUUAUUGUUGUAAAAUUUUGGAUCAGUCUGCAUGGGCCAGGAUAUUUGUGCAGAUAUUUCCAAAUGAACCUUGAUGUUUCCUAUGAUAUGCGUAUGUGACAUUGUUUAAAAAAUAAAGCUAUUUUGUGACUAAAUCAAA